UGUUUCUUAUCGUCCUUUGUUUAUUUGGCGUGCAUUUGAAUUUGGUAUUUAUGUACUUAAUUCUUGGUUGCAGACCUUGAAGCUUGCGUGUGGUUAGAGGAGACUGAAGAAAUUUGACCGCAUUCUGGUCUAGAUCCCCAAUUUUUGUUUUCUUCCAGUCUUUUUUGUCAAAUUUCUCUCCGCGAGCAGAGGCCUUUUGUUUUGUGCUCCCUCCCUCCCAAAACUGAAAACCCUAACCAGAAACCCAAAAAACUCUCCGGCGACUUUCUUCCCUUGUCCAUCAUCUCCGGCGAUUCGAAGACUCGAGAUGCAAGCAGCAAAAACCAUGAGUUUCUCUUUCUCUCUGCCAUCAAAAUCCUCUUUGAAGCUCAAACCCAUAAAGCCCUCACAGAACUUCGAGAACGAUAACGACACCAAGUCCACCGGAAACGACGCUAAUUCACAGAAAUACGUCAUCGAAUUCAACGCAUCCGAAACCCUAACCGACAACGCCACUCAAAACGCCGUCGUAAUCCUCCCUAUCCAGAAUGAAUGGAGGCCCCACAAGCGGAUGAAGAAUCUCGACCUUCCGAUCGCCGCCCAAUCCGACGGCUCCGGCGGCCUCCAGUUCGAGGUUGAAUCUCUCUCCGAUGCGACCGACUCCAGCAUGUCGUACGGCCUCAACCUCCGUCAGACCGCCAAAGGAGAUCCUAAUGAUGAGAUCAACGGCCAGGAUGAAGCCAAGGACAAGAAUGAACGGCUGAGAUUCACUCCCACGGAGGACGUCUUGCUUCAGAAGUUGAAGUUCGAUCUCCAGAGGUUGCCGGACGACCGGGGAAUGGCGGAGUUCGAGGACGUUCCGGUGGAGGGAUUCGGUGCGGCGCUGCUCUCCGGGUACGGGUGGCAUGAAGGGAGAGGCAUCGGGAAGAAUGCCAAGGAGGACGUAAAGGUCGUCGAGUACACGAAGAGGACUGGCAAGCAAGGAUUAGGGUUUGUGAGUAACGUUCUCCCUCCUCUUCCUAACUCCAAUCGUGAUUCAUUGAAUAAUUCAAUUCUGAAACCAAAGGAUAAUAAUACUAAUAAUAAUAAUAAUAGUAGUAGCAACAAGGAGAGUUUGAUUGGCAAGGAAGUAAGAAUAGUUCAUGGAAGAGAAUUGGGAUUGAAAGGUAGGGUUUUGGAGAAAUUGAGUGACGAUAAUAGAUUGGUAGUGAGGCUUUCGAGGAGCCAAGAGACGGUGAAAGUCAAUAUUCGGGAUGUCACGGAGUUGGGAUCUGAGGAAGAUGAGGCAUGUUUGAAGAGAUUGAAAGAAUUGAGGAUUCGUGGAGAGGAAGAGAAGAAGGAGAAAAAGAGUAAGAGAAGAGAAAACAAAAGCAGAGAUAGUGAUGGUGAGAAACAACAACCGGGAAAGUCGUGGCUAAGGAGCCACAUUCGGGUUAGGAUCAUUAGCAGAGAGUUGAAAGGAGGGAGAUUGUAUUGGAAGAAAGGAGAGGUGGUGGAUGUGGUGGGGCCAAAGGUUUGCAAUGUAUCCAUGGAUGAUGGCAGGGAGCUGAUUCAGGGGGUGUCUCAAGAUGUUUUGGAGACCGCACUCCCGCGGCGUUGAGGGCCGGUGCUCGUGCUGUUCGGGAAGCAUGAAGGGGUGUAUGGGAGUCUUGUGGAGAGGGAUUUGGACUGGGAAACCGGUGUCGUUAGGGAUGCGGAUACUCAUGACUUGAUCAAUGUCCGCCUUGAGCAAAUUGCUGAGUAUAUUGGCGAUCCAAGCUACCUCGGUUAUUGAUUCUUUUGCAGCCGUCUUUGUUUGUAGAGGAUGGGUUGCUGAAUGCCGAUUCGUCCUUCCGAUCAAUAGAUCGCCUUUUAUUACUCUUGGCAAAGGAGCGUUCUCAUUCCCAGACUCACAUUUGCUGUAUGAAAAGGCCCAGUUUUUACUGAAGCAAAGCUGAAGUGAUUAAUUGAGCGACGCUUCGAAAGUUCCGGAUUUGCAUGGUUUUUGUCAAUGGAUUUUACGGGCGGUACUGUGUUGUAGAAGUUGGAAUAGGUCUGCGAGUUUCUGUUCGAUAUUGGAGUUUUGAAGAAGGCAAUUCUGAUUGUGCAGGAGUGAGCAAGUUCGUUUAAGUGUUCUUGCCGAGGUGACUCCGUGAGCCCUUACAGAAAAAAUGUGAGUGUAUUAGUAGGUGGUGGACUUGGCUUCAAAUAGAAAAGAAAACAAAUCCUAGUGGUUCGUCAAGUUCAACUAUGCAUCCUGCUAGAGACAAUGACUUUAAAGAAGGUAUAUAUGCGUCACAAGUUAUUGCAGCAUUACAUUAGGUUAUAUUUAUAAUGAGAAGCUUUGGAUAUGGAAGCUUUGGAUAUACUUCAUUCAGGUGCCUGCAUUCAAUUGGAACAUGGGCAGAAAUGAAUGCGGAAUUGGCUUCAUUGUUGGGUAUAGGGGAUUAGAGGAAUACCACUUCUAGAGAGUGAGAAUUCGAAUACUGUAAAAUUUUCAAACCAAAGUGGUACAAGUGAAGAUGUCAAGUGAAACCAAAGUCGGAGUGUCCAUGGGAAGAGGAUUUGAAGUACGCUAAAGCUGUUUGAAGAAUGAAAGGACUUAAGUUUGUAUUUGUAGGUAUAUACGUGUGUGUAUGGAUAUAUAU